AUGACGUGGAGGCGGAGGGGGAAGGAGGGCGCCGCGUCGGCGCUGUACCGGAUGGAGCGUGGGCUUCGGGACGCACUCCGGCCCCGGUACGCCGGGUUCCUCGAGGCCAUGAACGCGCAGCCAGGCGGGCUCAAGCUCCUCGCCGUGCUCCGCGCCGAUCUCCUCGCCUUGCUGGGGGAGGAGAACGCUCCAGCUCUGCGGGCUCUGGACUCGUACUUGAAGGAGAAGCUGGUGACUUGGCUUAGUCCUGCAGCACUGACGCUCCACCAGAUUACCUGGGAUGAUCCUGCGUCCUUGCUAGAGAAGAUUGUGGCAUAUGAAGCCGUGCAUCCAAUCAGGAAUCUGAUAGACUUGAAGAGAAGAUUGGGCAUUGGCCGCCGAUGCUUUGGGUACUUCCAUCCAGCAAUACCAGGGGAGCCCCUGAUUUUCAUUGAAGUUGCUUUACUCAAAGAUAUGGCCGCAUCUAUACAGGAGGUCUUAUGGGAUGACCCCCCGGCUCCUGAAUCUGAAGCCAGCCGUGCACUAUUUUACUCAAUAUCGUCAACCCAGCCUGGUUUAUCAGGUAUUAAUCUAGGGAAGUUUCUUCUCAAGCGUGUGAUUGACAUGUUGAGAAGGGAUAUGCCAUCAGUACAGAUUUUUGCAACACUUAGCCCAAUCCCUGGUUUCAUGCAAUGGCUUCUUGCUAAGCUGGCCUCCCAAAUAAAAUUAUCAGAGGCAGAGUCACAGGAGGGGAAUUCACUAGGAGCUUGUUCUACUUUCAAAGAAUCCAUACUUCUUCCUGAAGAAGAGAGAAUGAUUCAUGAUGCCAUCGAACAAGCUGAUGGAAAGCAAGGGAUUGAACUAUUGCAAGAUAUACUGAAAUCAAGACAGUGGGUAAAAUCUGACAAAUUAUCUGCUGCAUUAAAACUGCCUCUUAUGCGUUUAUGUGCAAGGUAUCUUGCCAGAGAGAAGAAGCGAGGAAAAGCUCUAGAUGCUGUAGCAAAUUUUCACUUGCAAAAUGGAGCAAUGAUUGAGAGAAUAAACUGGAUGGCCGACCAAUCAGAGAAGGGCAUUCAGCAAAGUGGAGGUAUCAUGGUCAAUUAUCUUUACAGGUUUGAGAACAUAGAAGAGUAUGCACUAUCAUAUUCAAGUUCAGGGCUCAUCCAUUCUUCACCUAGCCUGUCUGAGUAUCUUGAGGGUAAGAAUAAUUUUGACACCGCGAGCUUCAGUACGCAGUGCAGCCUGUAUAUGAACCUCCCCCUCCCGAUGCCGACGGACUCCGCGCCGCCGAGCGCAUCAGCGUCGCUGUCCGAAGACGACCGCCUGCUCAUCGCCCACUGCGCCGCGCUCUCCUUCCCCUCCAGCUCCCCCACCGCCACAGCCACAGCCACCGCUGCCGCCGCCUCCCCCUCCGCCUCCUUCCAGGUGCACCAUGCGUCACACCCCUACCCCUGCGCCGCCUUCGCCUUCCCGCCCUCCUGGUCCGCCGCAGACUGGAUGGGAGGCGACGGCGGCCGCCCGCCGUUCGGGGACGCCGAGGUGGACCCGGCCCUGUUCCCGUCACUCCGCGCUGUCGGGAGCGGCAUCCCCGCGCGGACCAACGCCGCCUUCCUCAGGGCCUUCCGCCAGCUGCUCGACGGAUCGACGCUCCAGUCCGAGGUAUCAAGAGCUGUGGCGGAGGAGAAACGCCUAGUAUUCACAGGCCAUUCAUCAGGAGGUUCAAUAGCGACCCUUGCUGCUAUAUGGUUUCUUGAGAAGUGCACCAGACGAGGAAGUUUGGAUCCCCAACAACAACUGCUUGAUGCUGCUGCUAGAAGCUUAAGUGCUCACCGGCAGUAUGAACCAAUUAAAGAGUGCAUGCAGGAUAUAAUCUGUGUGGAUUACCUGGGAACAAUCUCAUCAACUGUUCCUGGUAGGCAGACAGACAGAGUGGCCAUUGGAAGCAUUGAAUUGAGCAGGGAAACUAUACUGCACCUUUCUGAAGCUGCGCAAUGGGAGAAGCAAAGACAGAGAAACCAAACAAAAAUAGAUGAAAGUUGCCAAAAGAUUCAGGAAGCCCUCGGGUCCCUAAACGAGUACAAAAGAUCAAGGGAACUCCGUGGUGUAAGCUGCUACGAUUCCUUCAAGCUCCAACGUGAGGUGCAUGACUUCGAUGCAAACGUGCGGAGGCUGGUGCUAGCUGGCCUCUGGGACGAGAUAGUGGAGAUGUUGCGGAGGCGUGAACUGCCGGACCGCUUCGAGGCUCGUGAGGAGUGGGUGAGCCUGGGGACCUUGUUCCGUCGCCUGGUCGAGCCGCUGGACAUCGCCAACUAUUACCGGCACUCCAAGAAUGAGGGCACCGGCUCCUACCUCUCCAAGGGGCGGCCGAGGCGGUACAAGUACACGCAGAAUUGGCACGAGCAGCUGCAGCGCGCUCCCGUUGGGUCCAGCCUCGAGUCCUGCUUCUGGGCGGUGGUCGAGGAGCUCCAGGCGGAGAUGGCCGACGGCAGGGCUUUCGAGGACCUGAGAGACCGGGUGGUUAAACUUGAGAACGAUGCACAUGGCUGGUAUAACUCUGGAAAUUUGGGCAAGGACGUGUUUCUGGGGAGCUCGUCUUUCGUGGCGUGGUGGAGGACGCUCCCGGAGCAGCAUAGGUCGGCGUCGAGCAUUGCGAAACUUGUAUCUCUGUAA